CUGUUUAGUUUACUAAACGUUUCGUCUCAAUGCGACUUCGCCUUUACAUCGUGUGAAGUCGACCCUGACCAACAUACCUAUAAAGAAAAGGGUCUGUAUGGUCCAGCCGUCGGACAUUACCUUGGCGUUUUGAAAUGCUGUCCAGAGAAACGUGCCUCUCUGGAACGCGAGUUCUUGAAGGUAUUCAAAGAGUUCUACGCUCGACACGAGGACGCAAUGGACUACUUGAUCACUGCCUCAGAGCUGUACCCGGACUCUGUUCUGUUUACGACGUUUCUGGCCAACUCGUUAUUUCGUUACGGUCUGUACGAAGAGGCGGCGCUGUGUUUCAUGAAGGCUUUGAGCAUCGACUCUUCAUAUCCUUCCUUGAAGGAGUGCCUGAUGAAUUUGCGUGGUUAUUUCGUUGACCAGUGGCAUUUUCGUAUGCUAAAUGACUGUCAACGCAACCUGGCUUAUAAAACAGCACUGGAGCACCGUUUGGCUGCCAUGCCGAUCGAUGCAGUGGUACUGGACAUCGGUUGUGGGUCCGGGAUACUGAGCCUACUGGCGGUUAAGGCCGGCGCGCACAAGGUCUGUGGGUGCGAUCAUUCGUUAAUGAUGUGUCAAAUGGCAAGAAAGAUCGUAGCGUUGAAUGGCAAGGAGGCGGCGGAUCGAAUCCAUAUCAUUGAGAAAAAUUCCAUGUUUCUAAAGCUGGAUGAAGAUAUCGAUCAACAGGUGGAUUUGGUUGUGACUGAAUUGAUGGACGCCGGCUUUUAUGGUGAGUCGAUCGCACCGACGUUGCUUGACGCAAAGAGGCGUUUACUGAAACCGUCAGGACGAAUAAUUCCUUGCCGAGCAAAGAUCUGGGCGAUAUUGAUCGAAGCCCCUCACAUCAGAACAUGCCAUGUUCUGAAACCAAAAACCUUCUUUGAUUCAGUUAAACACAGCCUCGACGAAGAGCCGUAUACCGCAGAGAUGCUAUGCAAGUUAAAACACGGCUUUCGGGUGUUGUCUGUUGCGACCUUGAUCGACGAAGUGGAUCUCGAGGACAUUUCUGAUCUGGAGGCUAGAGUAGUGCAAGGUGUAAGCCGCGAGGUGAAUUUUGAGGUAAUUAAUAGCGGUCGUCUUGACGCUAUCGUUUGCUGGUUCACAGCACUGCUCGCCGACGGUUGUAGUGCGCAAGUCUGCUCGUCUUAUGACUCUGACAGUUCCUGGGAGCAGGCCGUAUUCCCCGUGUUAAACGAACGGAAACUAUGUGUAGGUGAAAAAGUUCCGCUGGACGUCACGAUUAAGGGGAGUUGGUUUCAGUGCAGUCCUCAAGAAGAGCAGCAGCCACUGGACUCCUCAGGUGCCUGUCGCGUGUUCAAGCCUCUGACUGCUAACGAUACCUGGCUGAUCGCGAUGUUAAAUGACGACAUCCUCACGAACACGUAUCGAUUGUUUUUUGAGCGCAGCAAACAGGGAACCAUGUUCCGAGCGGCAUUGGACAUUUCCAACAAUCCGCUGAUUUCGUUUCUCACCUCUUCCGUUUUGCAGAUUCCUGUCGUUGCUCGUCUGGAACCACCGAGCCAGGCAGUGUGGCGAGUGAUCGCCAACGAAAGCGAUACAGCAACAGUGGAGCGCAUCACUUUAGAUAUUUUAGACAAAAAGAUAGAGGAACACAAAGAUCUCGAUCUUCUGGUUUGUUGCCCAAUCGAAUCGACGGGGCUGUUGCAGUCAAAAAUCCUCGAACAUGUGGCUUAUUUCCGUACCGUGCUGAACAUCGCCCACGUGAUCCCAAAUUCAAUCGAAGUAUACGGACUUUUGGUGGAAAGUCACGAGUUGGCCGGUUACACGCAUGUGGUCGAUGACAAAAAUACGGCAGACCUUGGGAUCGGCAAAGUGAUGAAUGACUUCAGGACAUUGAUUCAGGAAGACAUCGAAUUUACCACCCUCUCAUACACUGCGUUCAGUGCCGAAUUCAAGAUCAUGUCCAUAGACCUUGAGGAGGAUUCACUCAGCCCAUCGUGCGAGACUCUGCCUCACUUCCUACGACAGAUGACCAAACUUAACGUACCGGUGACUCGCGACGGAUUCGUUAACGCGCUGGUAUUCUGGUUUACGUUACUUAGUCCGAACCAUGGUUCGGUUAGCUUGAGAACCGCUGACCAGUUAACACAUUUCAAAGUCGCUGCUGCCGUUUUCGAUCCUAUCGAAGUCGAAAAAAACCAAAUGUGCAACGUAUGUGCGGAGUUAUCUACCAGCACUCUUGAGUUCACAGUGGUUUGA